AUGAUUUUCUUUGGAUCCAAUGAGGAACGCAAAUCAGAAAACGUAUCUAAGUUGGUACAUGAUCCAUGUAGGAUAGUCUUGCGCAAGCUCCCUGCUGAUAUGGAUUAUGACCGCUUUGUUGAGAAAAUAGCCAGCCUGAAAGGGGUCAAGUCCUACUAUUUUGUCCAAGGUAAAGUUUCAUGCGACCUCAAUGAGUCUCCAGUUCACUCACGGGCCUACCUACAUAUGGCAAGCGCAGAGCAUAGCAAGUCUGUUAUCCGCCAACUUCGGAACUCCAUUCAGUCAGUUGAUUUUGCAUUUGCAAACUCAGAUAUACAGAGAGCUCUUAACGAAUCUGUUCCUGCACCCUUUAUUCCAGGGCAUCGAAAAAGCAGAACCAAACUGGAACAAUCACCCUUAUUUCAGAACUAUCUGAAGAUGGCUUCAAGCGAGAUCACUGAAGAGGAGUUCCUGGGUCCCUAUUUGACGAAAGCUAAAAGAAAGAAAGCACCCAAAGAGGGUCGUAGCUCAUCUGCUGGAAAGCGAAAUGAAGCGACGGAGAAAAAGAAAGACGCCAAUCCAAACAGCCAGUACAAGAUAAUUGAGGCCACAAUCAAAUGGUUGCAAGAGUACAAGGCGCUGGCGGUUUCUUCGAGACCGCGACUUACGGAGUUUUUAGAUCCAAAAUUUGUCAACGAAGUGGUUGAGUGUAUCAUUGGUGAGCGGCCUAUCGAAACAAGCUCAAUUGAUGACAACACGCAGUAUUUCAAAGUAUUAACCGAAUUUCUUGCAGACAUGUUUAUUGGCACUGAGGUGGUAGAAUCGCACCUCCAAGCUAUGGAUUCUUCUUUGUUGGACAGGUACGUGAAGGGGGAGACAAAGUGCGAGUUUGUCGAAGACUUAGCUUUGACCGAAGCUAUCUACCAUUAUUGUUGCUUGCUCUUGGUUAGUAGCGUUCGAGGAAAGCGAAUGGCGUGGGCUAUGACUAAUAUAAAUUACCUGCCGCUGGAGUAUAAAAAGGUGUUGGAAAAGUUUAGUCUCAUUGCCGACAAGCGGUCUGAAUUCGAGGGCUUCGAGGAAAAUUCAGAAGAUGCAGAACUGGAAGAAGCAUUACUAGAGAAAGAGGAACAAGCUCGAUUUCUCCAAUCACAGUUGAAUGAGCUACACGAAACGAGUCAGCUCAAAGAACAGCAGCUACUCACCGAGCUGGAAAGCAAAGAGGAAAAACUGAAAGCUUAUGAUCAACUGGUGGCUAAAUUAAAGAUACAAAAUGAACAGUUUCAUCAUAACCUCGUGGACGCGUCUGUUAAUUCUACACUCAAUAAAGACUCGAGAUUGGAGAUGAUUUCAUUCGAAAAUAAAGUGUUAGAGCACUUUCUCUCCAUAUUGGCAAAAGCGGCAGACUAG